AUGGCCUGCUAUCAUGUCAAGACCCCAGAGCCGUCAUCGACUAGAGAGGAGGUUGAGCUUCUGAAGCAGCGACUUCAAGCCCUCGAAGAACAACUUGACCAGCAGAGACAAGGUGGCCUAGGAACCGUCGUUGCCAGAGUGAGCGAGCUGGAGGACCUCGUCGACAAAAGCCGUGAAGAAAUAGGCCAGGAGAUCAAGGGUUCUUAUCGCAAUAUCAACAGAGUAUGGCAGUCUGUUGAGCAGCUUGAGCGUCAAACCUCUCAUCUCCGGGAAACCCUUCGUUCUCAGUCAGAACACAUGGAACGCGUCAACGGGGAGUUGAAAAGCGUCAGCAAUCGACAAAUGGAGCUUUUCGACGCCGACGAAAGCAUCGAAGAAAGACUGGAACAGCUCGAGUCGGAUCAUGAUUCUUUAGCCAGUCGAGGUGGCCAGAUCCCGAACAUGAGAGAAGAAGCAACCUUGUUACGCCGCUGA